AUGAAGACUUCUAAAAUCCAAUCUCCCCUUUCUCUCCCGGUUAUUGACUUCUCUAGUAGAGAUCUCAAACCAGAAACUCCUGAGUGGGACUCAGUGAGAGCUCAAGUCCGUAAAGCCCUAGAAGAGUACGGAUGUUUCGAGGCCAAGUUCGAUGGAGCUUCGAUGGAGCUAAGGAAUGCUAUUUUCAAGGCCACGGAGGAAGUUUUUGAUUUACCUCUGGAGACGAAACUGAGCACAAAGUCAGACAAAAUCAUUUACGAAGGAUACUUGACGAUUCCGACUAUGCCUUUAUACGAAGGUUUGGGCUUCUACGGUGUAGAUAGUCCUGAGGUUGUCGAUGACUUGACUCACAAGCUUUGGCCUAGUGGCAACAUCACUUUCAGCAAGAAUGUCCAGUCAUUUGGACAGAAGUUGAUAGAACUAAAUGUGAAGAUUAGGACAAUGAUCAUGGAGAGUUUCGGGCUCGAGAAAUACAUCGAGGAGCAUCUUAACUCAGCAAAGAAUCACCUUCAAAUAUUUAAAUACAAAGGCCUUGACGAUAACACAGAGGAAAAUAUAGGUUUUCAACCUCAUAUCGACAGACAAUUCCUCAGCAUACUUUGCCAGAACGAUGUAGUAGAUGGCCUGGAGAUCAAAACCAAAGAUGGUGAAGAGUGGAUCAAAGCUAGGCCAUCUCAAGACACUUCUUUCCUUGUUAUUGCCGGAGCUUCUCUUCAUCUACUAUUGAAUGGUGGGGUGUAUCCUCCACUUCACCAAGUGGUUAUAACCGGAAAGAAAGAUCGGUAUGUGGCUUGCCUGUUCUCGCCUCCUAGAGAAGGACUGAUAAUAAAUGCGCCUGAGGAGAUAGUAGAUGAUGAACAUCCUCGUCUCUAUAAGCCUUUUGAUUUUGAGUCUUUCUUCAAGCUCAACAUCAUCAAUAGGUCCGAUACCUAUAAGAGGGAUUUAUCUGCUCUCAAGGCUUAUUGCUCUCUCUAAAUAAGUAUUGAGUCCUUGCAAAGAAAUAAAGCUAUGCAAAUGUGUUUCAUGUGAUCACUAGCUAGCUAUGCUUGUUUCGGUUACUCUUGAGGUGGUUUGUUAUUAUUCUUACUUUGUCGUGUUGGCUCUUGAGCUUGUAAUAAAACUUUGAUUUACUGAAACUCCAAAAUGGGGUUCAUGCUCAAAGUUCAAUAUCUAAUUUUUUG